AUGAGAAACACCGCGAUUGACGCUCACGAACAGAACCGUGCCUCAUGGAACGAGGCCGUCGUCGCCCACAACAGCCACAAGGUUGACCAGGACGGCUUCUUCCGCAACAAAGGUUCAACCCUCUACCCAGAGGAAAUCGGCCUCCUCGGAAACCUUGCCAGUCUCAAAGUCUGUCAUCUCCAAUGUAACGCCGGUCAGGACACGCUCAGUCUUGUCACUCGUCUCAGGGCCGAGAACCCUAUUGGGGUCGACAUCAGUGAUAACGCCAUCGAAUUUGCGACAAAGUUGGCGAAGGACUCGGGGAUCCAAGCGACUUUUGUCCGUGCUGAUGUGUUUGAGUACUUUGAUACCACCGAGGCCAAUCAGUUUGAUGUCGUCUUUGUCAGCUAUGGAACCGUCAACUGGUUGGUUGACCUCGAGAGAUGGGGAAGAGGAGUUCACAAGGUUUUGAAAUCUGGAGGACGCAUCGUCUUCAUCGACUUCCACCCAGUCUGCUACAUUUUCAACCAGGACAUGGUCCAUGAAUACCCUUACACCAGCGCCGGCGAACCCAUCCACGAAUCCGGUGGUGUCUCCGACUACGUCGCUUACUCCAACACCGGCGGAGAGGUCAUGCCCAACCUCAAGUACCAAGAAGGCGUUCAGGACUUCAGAAAUCCCAACGCCAGUGUAGAGUUUUGCUGGGGUCUCUCGGACACGAUUGGAUCGCUUGUCAAGGCCGGCAUGAAUUUGACCCAUUUCAAGGAGUACCCAUAUUCCAACUUUUUCAAGCCCUACAAGGCUAUGACUUCGGAGCAUGUUGUGGAGGGUCCUCGUUGGCGCUCGACCGGUCCCAUGCUGCCCUUGAUGUACUCUGUUUGUGCCUCCAAGCCGUAG